AUGCGUGUCGCUCAACUCUCUGUUGGCCUUUUGGCUGCUGUAUCCAUCCAUGCGGCUGUUCUUCCCGCCACAGAUAACGAUCUCAAGCCCCUGUCGCUGCGCUACGACGGAGAUCGUGAGGACAACAAGGUGAAGCGGUACGAUGGAGAUCGUGAGGACAACAAGGUCAAGCGGUACGAUGGAGACCGUGAGGACAACAAGGUGAAGCGGUACGAUGGAGAUCGUGAGGACAACAAGGUCAAGCGGUACGAUGGAGACCGUGAGGACAACAAGGUGAAGCGGUACGAUGGAGAUCGUGAGGACAACAAGGUCAAGCGGUACGAUGGAGACCGUGAGGACAACUAA